CUCGCUGAAAUUAUUCAGUUUUUCCCACAGUAUUACGUUACUUCUGUUCCCUAUAUGAACAUUUUCGACUUGCUUUGGACCGUUAAUUUUUCCAUAAACUUUUUUGUUUACAUUCUCAGCGGGUCUGAUGUCCGGAAGGAAUUCGUCCGUCUGGUCUUUUGCCGUUGACGACAGUAGCAAUGUCACAGUGCUUAGCGUUACAGGUAUUAGGUAUUAGGUGGGAUACUGCUAAAGUUCUGAGAAUACACAUGUGUCUCAGUCCUGUUCCAAGUCAACGAUUUGAGAGCAGGCAAUUAGAACUGGUGCCCACAUGUAGCUAGAGUCUUUCAAAACAUUGAUAUAGCCAACCAACAUCACUGUGCUAGAACCCCUUGCUACGAUUUCGUUAAGGCAGGAUCAACAUCUCAACAAAAGGGGGACGCGGCAUCUCCGAGGAAAUAUUGGAAAUGAUCACGUCGAUUUUACGGUGACCAUCAAAUUGGCUCGAUCUUCGUAUAGUCAAUUAAAUAUCUUCUUGAUAUAAAGAUAUUUUUCGGACUUGAACUGAUCAUGACAGUUUCCCUCUGACUUCGUCAAUAACAGGAAAGCUCACAAAAUGCUUCUCUGGAUUCUGGUUCUUUUGGCUUCGUCGCAUCAUGGGCAAACGGCAGAUGUAAAAGGAAACUGCACGAAUAUAGAGAGUGCAUGGAACUGCGCUCUUUGGACUUGGGAAGAGCAAUGUGUGAAAAAUCGAGACUGGAUGUCGUGGAGCUGCGCCCAAGACUGUAACACAUGUCCUGUGCCGGACGCAAAUGGCUGCGAAAAUAAACUCAAGCCGGAUAUGCAGUGUUACUCACUCGCAUCACAAUGGGGUGAUCUGUGUAAGACACGAGCCUCGAUGAACGUCGACUGUGCCAAGGCGUGUAAACAGUGUGAAGAAGCUGAAUGCAGCCCAGAGGUUUAUAACCCUGGGAAUUGGGAUAUAUCCCCAUCGGAAAACGGCACCCUGCCGACAUGGAGAAAAACCCGUUCAGACAUUCUUACAACUUCACAACCAUUAUGGGACACAGAAAACCAUCAAAAAGGAUGCUACCUCCUUGCAACAACUGGUCACGCCGGUGGUUAUGCGAAGAUGUCUAAACAAGUGACGGCAACUAUCGGACAGGAUUUUUGUGUCCAAUUUUACUAUUGGAUGUACGGACCAGGGCCUGAUUUUCCAUCCAAUCUGCACUUGAAUGUAUCCGUAUCCAUUGGCAACGUGACAAACAUCAUUUGGGCUGACAACCAAAAUCGCGGACGGUCUUGGACAUUCGUGCAGGUUGCUUUGAAAGCAAAAUAUGAAAGUUUUGUGGUCGCUAUUGGUGGGAGCCGCGAUAUCAAUCUUUUUGGAGAUGUAGCAGUUGAUAAAGUCAAGUUGAUUGAAGGAGUAUGCCCAGAGAGAAAGGAAGGCACCCGGAAAGCAUCAUUCGGAGAAUCGGUCUACAUCGAGCAUGACCACACUACUUACGGUCUCUACUUGAACCUAACAGCAAGCCAUGGCCAGUGUCAAGAGUUCUGUCAGAGGAGACAGAUGAAUAUCUCACCACUUGGGAGUGCGAAAGCACUUUGGGAAUCCCAACAGGAAUAUGCCGACAACUGUUUUGAUCUAACUAGAUGGGAGUGUGACAGGAACGCUCCAAAUGGCGGAUGUGAAAACUUACAACAGAAAGAUAGGCCACUAGGCUGGAUCCUCAGAAACUGCUCCCUAUCAUGUAAUGUGUGCGACAACAAAAGAGGAAACUGCUAUGACUUUUCCAGCCGGUGUCUUGAGAAGUCGCGAUAUGGCCAGUGCGAAUCGGCCCCGUUGGAUGGCCUGAAGCAUUGUUCAAGAACCUGUGGUACCUGUCGUCAUAAAGGGCCGGCUUCCCGAAUAUUCACUGUAUCGAUGUGGGUCGGCAAAGACAGCGUAGAACCUAAUAUAACUCUUGACAAUCUGCAAGAUCUAAAUGCCUCAUGGACCGGCCUCUGCCCCGCUUGGAACGUGAGCAUCCUCAAAUUUGUUCGGGUGCCAUGCAAUGUCGUCCUGCCAUGUCUCUGCGAGGAUUACAAAGUUCCAGUGUAUACCAAUAUCCUGUCUACCAAGCCAGUCAUUGGUCCCAAUGUGGGUAACAUCACCAAUCUUCCGAAGAACGCACAUGGAUGUCGUGAGAUGGGGAAGAGUGGAAAUUUCACCCUUGAAUUGGGAACCAAGCACAGGGUGUCGUCGGUUUUGCUGACUAUGAAUUCAGGUACAUCGCCACCUCUUGGGUACCAUCGACCACCCGAUAAGAUCCCUGAGUCGCCUAUAGCACGAAGACCAUAUUUUAAUCUUGCGGCUGGCAGACCAUCCGUCGUAAGUUCCAUCGUUGAUGAUAACUGGGGUGGAGCCGCUUCCAGCGCUAACGAUGGGAAACGAAACAACAACCAUGCGGAGAACUGGCUAGUUUGUACCUGGACGGCUGUUGGGAGCGCUGGCGCCUACCACUGGUGGUAUGUUGAUCUGCAAGGCAUAUAUAAUGUCCAUGGCGUCACCGUGGUCAGAAGGGGAAAUUGCUGUGGCCCCCUCGACGAUAACUUCAUCGAUUUCAAAAUCUUUGUGACUCACUCUGUGCCCAAGGACCAGCCCGCGAUGGACGACUACUGGCAAAAUAACACCAAGGCUAUGUGUUACAAAGGCGAUAGACUCGACGUGGGCAAUCCAAUUGCAACAUACGAGUGCCGGAACGGUUCGGUCGGCAGAUAUGUCAUCCUCAUGAAGAGUAUGCUAGGCGUGCGCCAGAUAGCAUUGAACCUAUGUGAAUUAGAAGUGUUUGGGGAACCGGUCAAUUUAAAGGAAGAUUCUGUGCCCAAGUUACCCUAUUGUGCUGAUGUCGACGCUCGUGCGAUCGGCGGUUAUUGCUACCGGUUUAUCGGAGAACCGGCACCAUCAGACCAGCAGGAAAUCACAUGCAGGAGAUGGAACCCACCGACAUCGGAAAGUGUCCCUCUCGAGGAUCUAUCAGCUGCCGAAAGAGACGCCGUCCGGAAUUGGCUUUACAUUGAAUACAGCGCCGAAAAGGUCUGGGGAAAACGUAUAGGCACCGAAUGUUCAGUUUUCAUCGUUGGCGUUAAAGAGAAAUAUUCUUCACUUGGAAGGACCAAACUAUGCUUCGAGAAGCUCCCCAGUGUGUGUAGGAGCCGCGCAUCUGAUGUCUACCCAUUCCCAAUGAUCAACCUACCGGAACCGCCUGUAGCCCCCGUGAACGUCGGAGCCGUCAAUGACAUGGCCGUAUUCGCUCUUCCUGAGCUGAUGGUGGAUUCCUACUUGAUUCAGUGGGAGAUUUUCAUUCAGAAACGUCCACAGUGGAGCAUGUAUUUAUACAUUCUCGAGAAGAACGCGGAUGGCUCACUGAAAGAAACGAAAAAACAGAGAAUGUCCUUCUGGCAGAGAGGCAUCAAUUUCGGUGGUUAUAUGCUAAAUAGAGAAGGGAUGAUAACACUGAAAAAGGGUAACCUUAUUGGUCUCAGAACCAAUACCGAGAACAUUUCUGACAUAUUACAACUUUCUGAACAGAAAUCAAGUAAUCAGCUGACAGCUGAUCUCUAUGAGUAUGCGCUCGGGGAUUUCAAACCAGUAACCUCAAACAUGAGUCUCGUUUUGCCGUUUCGCAUUUGGACACUUCCCAAAACAGUCGGUUUCAUUCCCCAUCGCUGCUUUAUCACCCGGUCAGCCACACCAGCCGAAUUCAUGGGAGCGAAAUCCGUUCCAUACGGCGCGUACUAUUCGCCUUUCUGGCGGCAGGCCAGCUUUCACCACACAAACUGUGGCCAGAGAUGCAUUAUUGACGACAUGUGUUCUUGGGCCUACACCUGGGGUCCGGACUGCCAACUGAAUGCCGGUUUUUAUUUUGUUAAAGCUCUGAAUUGGUUUUCUCCACAAUCCUGGUUGAAAUUAUGCAACCCGUAUGAAAAAUACCUCAUAUUCCCCUUGAACCAGACUGAGAAAUCUGCUGUGCAUGUUUCCGCUGGCGGCGCACCCUGUCACCGAGUGACGUCAUUCAUGGAUGGUUAUAGCGCCUCCUUGUUCCAAUGUGAUAAACUAACGACAUCAGUCGCCAUCUCUCGGUCAGACCACGUAAAUAUCUGCGAUGUGAAGGUCUUUGCAGCCAAAGUCUCCGAAUCGCCAUCAACAACCCCGAUCCCGGCGUCAUCGACCCGAGUGCGAGGGCUGCCCUGGAAGCAGAAUGGACCAUGUGUUGCUAUUGGCGCCGCCCGUGAGAGCGUUCAAUGGCUGCAGAUAGAUCUCUUGGUCACAUAUGACAGUGUGACAGCCAAAAUCAUCGUUUCAAAAGAGAAAGAUGGGCCAAGAAACCCAAAAUUUCAACUCAUUGUUACUGCGGAAAACACAUGGUCCAAUGCGGAUCCGCUUUACGUCGGCAAGAUUGACAAUUUGAAUCGAACUGAGACAAAGCAGAAUACCUUUGUGACCUUCCCUUGUACAGUGUGCUACAGCGGGCGCUUCGUCACCCUACUGGAAGUCGGUGAUGCCCUAGGGAUGGAGAUAUGCGACGUUGAAGUAUUCGGUGAUCGUGAGGGAGAUGCACGACUGGGUAUUGCAAGUGGUUACAUCUUAGACGAACAGUUCACAGCCAGCGGUUCCCUGAGCGGAUAUGAACCUCACAAAGCACGGUUAGACUCCAGUGGCGCCUGGUGUACUGACUUCGAUGUGAUAGAGAAACAUUACUUGCAAGUCGAUUUGAGGUCGGAAUACCGCAUCACUGGUCUGGAAACACAGGGAAGAAAGAAGGAUGGUGUUACUGGGUUCCGACUAAAAUAUGGAACGGAUCAAAAUGCGUUAAGAUGGUAUCUCGACGAAACGAUGCAGCCAAUGGUAUUCUUUACUGAGAGAUUGGGACAAACCAGCAACAUCUUCCAACUGGUGACACAGAUACGAUGUCGCUUUCUUCAAAUUCACGUCGAAAGCUUCAAUCAAGCAGCAUGUCUGAGAUUUGAACUACUUGGCUACCAAAAACAAGGUUACGCCGACCCAGAAUUCAAAAUAACCCAACCAACGACCAUCUACAGCCCUAAUAAGCCAAACUACUAUGGGACAGAUCGCACAAUCUCUUGGACGAUAACUCCACCUACCGGCCAAUUCGUCAGGAUCUACAAUGUAACGCUGAACUCAACUCUUAAGAAUAGAUUAGAGGAGAUGAACAUUGGUGACUGGCGACAAGCCUCUGACACCUUGUGUCAGGAUGUAUACACUCUGUAUAAAAAUGGCCAGCCGAUUGUCUCAGAUUUUGGGUACUACAUCCACGAUGACAGCGGACCCGUGACACUGAAAUUGUUUGCAUGUCAGCAGUCUGCCUAUCAUCCUCUGGGAUGGUUUCAGGCCCAUGUCGACUUCGUCGAUUGCCCUGGUUUCGGUUUCAACAAGAAGAAUUGCAAAGGCGCAGUCUCUGUUGACUUGAACGCCACUCAGCAGGCAUGUGGUUACAUCGGUUCACCCCUCUUCCCUAACGUCUACCCGAUCGCUGGAACCUGUGCCUGGGAUGUCGCUGGGCGCUGGACAUCUUUCAUCCAACUCGAAUUUCUGAACUUGGAUGUUGCCGGCGACGGUGCUGCCUGCACCGGUGACCAGGUGGCCGUCCUGCUGUCCGGCCUGGGUGACAACGCGAAUUCACCUAGAAAGAUCGUGUGCAAUGGGGACAAGACGUUCACAACUAUGAACUCCAACUGGAACAAAAUCUCUGUGAGGUACCAACGAGUUAGACCAGAGGCUGGCGCUGGUAAAGGGUUUAUCAUCAAAUUAACUGAAGUCAACAUCGAUCAGAAGUUAUUCAAUGAAACGUAUGGGGUGUGUCCAAAAGGGUGGUUGCAGCACCUGGGAGCCUGUUACUUCUUCUCCAAGGCCGAGAGAUUGAUCACUUGGACGGCGGCAGACGGGAAAUGUAAAGACAUGUACGCACAUCUGGCAAGUGUUCAAGACCAUGACCAACAUGACUUUAUCACCUAUAAUUUGCUUACAAACUGGGAAUGGGAUUGGCAGAACCCGGGCGUUUAUAUCGGAUUGACGGACCAAGAAAGGGAUGGACGCUAUACUUGGACUGACGGAUCUCCCGUCAGCUUCACAAACUGGCGACCAGGACAGCCAGAUGGUAGCACUUUGGAGGGCUGUAGCAUCAUUGAGAUCAACAGCCUGAGCUCUGGGAGAUAUUGGCAGGACAUUCCGUGCGCCAUCAGGAAGACGAAACAAUUCAUCUGUAAGAAGUCUGCAGUUGGUGUCAAAGUAAAGGAAGCUAUCAGAAGCAAGGAUAUCAUCAAAUCUUGGAACGGGAAGUGUAAUCCAAAACGUCAGUUCACGUGCAGCAAUGGUGACUGUAUCCAGAAUCUGUUCGUGUGCGACGGGAAUAAGAACUGUCGGAAUGGCAGGGACGAAAUGAACUGCAAUCAAACUCAUUACCAAGGCAGUUGUGGCUUCAAUCAAUUCCGAUGUGAAAGUGGCAGUUGUAUUUCCGCAUCAGGCUACUGUAACUUUAAAGAUGACUGCAAUGACAAGACAGAUGAAAGUAGAUGCGUUUGGCCUGAAUGCAAAACACACGAGUUCCUUUGUAUGAACAAGCAGUGCCUAUCCAACACAUCAAUGGUAAAGAACUUUGUGAAAGACUGCGUCGAUGGCUCGGAUGAAACUGUUCGAGGAUGCAAUGGGUUCGAAUGUUUUAAUGGCAAGUGCAUCCCACACGAGCUUCACUGCGACGGUGUCAAAGAUUGUCCGGGGACCUACUCUGAGGACGAAACCGACUGUACUAAUAUCGGCAACAAACCUGCGGGUGAGGGCUACUUGAACUGCAGCACCAACUUCAUGCCUUACCCUGCAACACAGCAUUGCAUAUACGAUAAUGAUUUCCUUGGAUAUACGACUGGCUGCAGGGACUUCUCUCAUCUUAAGAAGUGCGAGUCUUUUAAGUGCCCGCCAUAUUAUCUCAAAUGUCCUGGAAGUUACUGUAUACCCCUGAGGAUGAUAUGUGAUGGCACACGAGACUGUGCCAGUGGCGACGACGAACUGAAUUGCGAAUCAUUUGCAUGCCCUGGCAUGUUCCAGUGCAAGGACAGAAAGAAUUGCAUCAUUCAAGAAAAGGUGUGCGAUGGAAUUGAACACUGCCGCGAUGGUGAUGACGAGCUAUCAUGUUCAUUUUGUCCGGAUAGUUGCACAUGCAUCGGUGAUGCUUACCAGUGCUCCGAGAAAUCGCUUCAGUCAAUCCCAAAUCUACCUGGAGAUGCUCGGGCCGUGGACCUGACAAACAACAGUCUCGGAGAUAACUCGUUACGUGAGAUGGUUUAUCCAUUUCUCGGGAAACUGACUCUCAGUAAAAAUGACAUUGCCUCUCUUGAAGGAGGUGUGUUCAGGAAUCUUGUAAACCUGUAUCAUUUGGACUUGAGGUCAAACAAGCUUGUUAACCUAUCGUCAAAUGCCUUCAUGGGGCUGCAGAAUCUCAGAGAACUGUUACUUACGGAAAAUAACUUAACUACCAUUUCGCCAAGUGCAUUUGUUGUCAAGAAUGUCUCAGGCAUUGCACGGGAUCUCGGCGUUAAAGUGAUGAAUCUCUCUGGCACCUCUCUACGAGAACUCAACGAAGGAUCCUUCGGAGGGCUUGGUAACGUGACGAGCCUUGACCUAUCAAACAACCACCUAAACAUGAUACCACUGGGCACAUUCAGGUAUACAAGCAAGGUACAACACCUUAACCUCACUGGUAACACCCUGGGGGACUUCACUGGUAAAGAAGACUUCAAGGAUCUGCCAGAGCUAAAGGAACUCCGGUCGAAUCAUUUUAGAUUUUGUUGUAUGGCCCCACAGGUCCCCGAAGAGAAUUGUUUUCCAAAGAUGGACCCGUUUUCUUCCUGCACUGAUCUCAUCCGCAUAGGCGCCUUGCGGAUCUUUCUGUGGAUACUUGGGACCAUUGCUGUAGGCGGGAAUAUCCUCGUACUCCUCCUGAGGAUAUUGACAAAGGAACCAACGACGGCGAACACCACGAUCAUCACAAGCCUCGCCGUGUCCGACCUCCUCAUGGGCGUGUACUUGUACAUCAUCGCGGCAGCGGACACCACAUUCAGGGGGUACUACAUCGAGGUUGACUGGAGCUGGAGGAAGGGCAUCGGAUGUAAGAUUGCAGGAUUCCUCUCCGUCUUAUCAAGCGAGGUGUCCGUCUUCACUUUGACUAUCAUGUCAGUGGAUCGUUUCCUGGUUGUGGUGUUCCCGUUCAGUAAGCAAAAGAUCAACUUCAAGAAGGCGAAGAUAUUAGUGGCAUCAAUAUGGAUCUUUGGGGUCAUAUUAGCCGGUGCACCGUUCUGUGUUGACUACUUGCGACAUUCGUACUAUUCAAGAUCUGGCGUCUGCCUCUCGCUCCACCUGACAUCAGAACCCGCCCCAGGCUGGGAGUACUCGGUCGCCAUCUUUUUAGGACUCAACCUCGUUGCGUUCAUGAUCAUCGCUGUACUAUACACUUGGAUGUACGUCAUCAUCAAACGCUCUGUCGAUAUGAUGAAACACAAGACCAGUCGGAAGAAGGGAGAAAACAAGGAACUAGUCGUUGCCCGCAAAAUGGCGCUGAUCAUCCUGACUGACUUUGCUUGCUGGAUGCCCAUAAUAAUUCUAGGUUUGGCUGCGAUCUCCGGGAAAGUCACGAUCCCUGGUGAUGUCUACGCCUGGAUUGCAGUAUUUGUGCUGCCGAUCAACAGCGCUAUGAACCCAAUACUCUACACACUGUCGUCUCUCGAUCUCAUCAAACUGAUAUGUGGAAAGAAAGAACCACAGUUGGAUUACUCUGGAAGCACUAGGACGAAUGUGUCUACCCUUGACGAAGAUGAUGAGGACGGUUCCCCUAAGGUAGUCAACUGUUACCCAGAGGGCAGUCAUCUCCUGCCUUACGUGGUGGAGGAGUCCAAUAUGCUGAACCUCGCCCACGCCAUGAAGACCGAAACGCCCUCACUGCCGCUGCGGGACAUGCGCAGCGUGCUAAAGGAUGUGGCCAAAGCCAUGGCAUCGCUGCAUGAAAGAGGCCUGAUUGCGAGCAGUGUGACUGUAAAUGACGUUGGGAUAAUUGUCAGCAACGGAAAUGAGAAAGUAACGAUGACUUGCAACGUCCAAUCGGCAUUCCUAUGUUCAGGUGUGAAACAAGCCCUGAUUCCGCGAGAUUUAAAAGAUAAUAUCCAGGAUUUCGGCAACCUAUGCAAGCGACUCUUACGUCACCACACCAUGAAUAAAAAUCAGCAUUGAAGGUGUUAUAUGGGAUCAGUUUUUGUUCACUGUGAUAGGAUAUACCAAUUGAGUGCGUCGUUUUAAAAGCUGUUUGAGACUUGCUUUGGACGAGUAAUUUCAUGUUAGGUUAUCGACUUGACUCGAUGUUGCACCACUAGAUUCUAUAGGCUCUCUAAAUUGUAUUGGCUCGAUAUCUUAAUUUCACUUUUACAUGUUCGUGUAUUCGUGUAGAUAGGACAGAAUUAUAUGGCUUUUAAGAUGUACGACAAUUGAUUUGCUUGUUCAACAUAGUGUGGCGUUUGAACUUUAUACGAAGCGUCACGAUGAAAACGACCACACACCGAUGCGUUACUAUGGAAAGGACAACAAACCGAGCGUCACUAUGGAAAGGACAACAAACCGAGCGUCACUAUGGAAAAGAAAACAAACCGAGCAUCACUAUUGAAAGGACAACAAACCGAUCGUCACUAUGGAAAGGAAAACGAACUGAACAUCACUAUUGAAAGGACAACAAACCGAGCGUCACUAUGCAAAGGACAAUAAACCGAAUAAGAAUUGGCGUUAUGAUGCUAACCUUACCGACACGUUCUUGCUAUAAGCAUGCUGUAGCUUGAUAAUUUCCAAUACAAUAUCUAUGCGCAACACAUAGUUCUUUCUAACAGGAGAA